AUGUGCGCUCGAAGAGCGCGCGUGUUCGCGGGCCUGCUGCUGCUAACUGCUGCAAGCCUCGCUCAGCACUUUACUAUCGGAGUUGUGGAGUCGGAGCCUGAACGCGCUGUGCAGCUGGCCAUCAUGGUGGACUUGGCCCUCAACGGUUCUGGCACAGUGCAAAGAGAGUCGCUCGAACCCAAUGAGCCCCUAGCACUGGCUGAUGCCGUAUGCUCGCUGGCACAGGGCGAGGAGAGGGUCGUCCUAGCCGGGGGAGACCCACGCACGCUUCGGCUGGCAGGCGGGGCCGCCGCGCGUUCGGGUCUGCCGCUGCUGCUCGUCGAUCCCGUCCCAGCCAAUGCCACUUGGGAGGUGCUCGAGCUCUACCCGCACCCUGAAGUACUCGCCAAGGCGUGCGCGUCGCUCAUAGAGGCGAAGGGAUGGCGCCGUGCGGUGUUCCUACACGAGGGCAGUGCGCAGGGCGCGGCUUUGCUCGCCACUGGGGAGAAUCCGCCCGCCAUUCUCGCGCGACAGUUGCCGCCCAAGGAGGAAGAUGCAUUACUCAGAAAUUUAUUGUUAGUGUUAAAGAAGUCGGGGGCCAUCAACUUUGUAAUAUGGUGUUCGCCCGAGUGCACGGUGCGUGUGCUGGACGCAGCCCAACGCGUAGGGCUGCUGUCGGAGCGACACUCGUAUAUUGCGGUGUCUCUGGACCUGCACACGCAGUCGCUCGCUGACUACAGCCACGGUGGUGCCAACAUUACCGGUUUGCUCCUGUUCGACCCCAACUCGCCGACGGUGCAGAGCACCGUAGAGGAAUGGGCCCGCCGCUACAAAGUGAUGGCGCCUGAGGCAGCGGCGACGGUGGCUGCUGCACCACCCACCUCUCUCCUGCUGGCCCACCUAGGAGCAUUGUUAGCAGAAAAGGCGUGGCGCCGCCUAAAGCUGCCUCAAAUGAAUAGCGCCGAGUGUACCGCAGGCGUAGGUGACUUCCACGCCGACACGCUGCUCAACUACCUGCGCUCGGAAGACUGGAAGGUGCCGGGGCUGACGGGUGCGGUGUCGUGGGAGGCGGACGGUGGGCGGCGCGAGCUUCAGCUGCACGUGGUGGAGCUGAAGCGUAAAGGCGAGUUGGUGCCGGCGGGUCUGUGGGUACCGCGCGUCGGCGUCACCUGGCAACGCGAUGACGUUGUCACCGAGACGGUGCCGCAAGACUCGAUGAAGAAUCGCACCUUCACCGUCCUCAUAGCGAUGAACGCGCCGUACGUAAUGGCACAGGAGUCCACUGAACGACUUACUGGAAAUGGUCGCUACGAAGGGUUCUGCAUUGAAUUGAUCCAGAAGCUGGCGGACAUACUCGAGUUCAACUAUACGUUUGUAGUGCAAGAGAACGGCGUGUACGGCAGCUACAACAGCACCACGGGCAAGGCUACCGGCAUGUUGGGCAAACUCAUGGAAGACAAGGCUGACUUCGCGAUCACGGAUCUGACGAUCACGGCAGAGCGCGAGCGUGCGGUGGACUUCACCACGCCCUUUAUGAACCUCGGCAUCAGCAUCAUGUUCAAAGCGCCGCAACAACCCGAGCCGAAGCUGUUCGCCUUCCUGCUGCCCUUCUCUAAUGGCGUGUGGUUAUGCCUCGGGCUUGCAUACCUUGGUACGUCGCUGUUGCUGUAUAUGGUGGGGCGGUUGUGUCACGAGGAGUGGCAGAACCCGUACCCCUGUAUCGACGAACCAGAAGCGCUCGAGAACCAAUUCACACUCGCGAACGCUCUGUGGUUCAACCUGGGCGCUGUGCUGCUGCAAGGCUCCGAGAUCGCACCAGUUGCGUACGGGUCGCGGGCGGUGGCGAGCGCGUGGUGGCUGUUCGCGCUGGUCAUCACGAGCUCAUAUACCGCGAACCUCGCCUCACUACUCGCCAAAAAAUCUAUCACUGAACUUAUUCACAACGUGAACGAUCUCGCCAACAAUCCAUACGGCAUCAAGUACGGCGCCAAAAAGGACGGCUCCACCUACACGUUUUUCGAGCAUUCGGAAAAAAAGCUGUAUCAAGAGAUGUUUCAGAAAAUGAAGAACGACGUCAUGCCGACCUCCAAUCCGGAUGGAGUAGCCAAGGUGAUAAAUGAGAACUACGCUUUCCUCAUGGAGUCUACCACCAUCGACUACGAGACGGAGCGCAACUGUAAAGUUAUCAAGGUUGGCGGGCUGCUUGACAGCAAAGGCUAUGGUAUCGCCAUGAAAAAGAACUCGCCGUAUCGCCAGUCACUGAACUUGGGACUGCUGAAACUACAGGAAUCGGGCACCCUGCGUGAGAUGCAGCACACCUGGUGGAAGGAGAAGCAUGGUGGUGGCGCUUGCAAACCACAAGAGGAGUUCGAGAACGAGAAGUUGUCAAUGAAGAACUUUAUGGGUCUGUUCCUGGUGCUGGUGGUGGGAUGCGCGCUGGGCGUGUUCAUAUCGUGCUGUGAUCUAAUUUGGUCCGCGUCGAGGCGGGCCCGUGAACGUUCCGAACCCGUUCAUCGCCGCUUCUGGAAGGAGCUGUGCUUCGUGUUUCGAUUCGAGCAGUCCGAGAGACCGGUGCAGGGGUCGCUGAGUAUCUCGACGCCGAGCGAGGAUGUGGGCUCGGUGGAGGAGGAGGCGCCCCUCUCGCUGCGGACGCACUCGCCCUCGGUGCGGUCGCGGCGGCGCUCCACCAUCGCCUCCGCCAGCCUGCGCCUGGUGCGCCACACCACGCGCUCCCGCACGCCCGCGCGCCCCUCGCCUUGA